AGUGAAUUUCAUGCAACUUCAACCAUACCAUUCAUUACUCAUUAGGUCCAAAAGCCAGCACCUUUCUACCAACACCAAACCAAGAAUAACUGGUUUGUUUGAUCAAAAAAAAAAAAACUGGUUUGUUUACUGGACAUGAUUGAUGUGAUCAAUAUUAGCCGGCAAAUGUGCACAGUGUGCGAUUACACAGUGAGUGAGAAUAUCUGAGCGAAAAGAAUUUUUACUUUCAUAUCAGCUUUUAGAGUAUCAAUCAGGUAAACUACAUUUUUUUUUACUCUUUUACUCUACAUACUAUUAAAAAAAAGAGUAAAACAUUCCACCUUUUUCCCUUAUUAUGACUGUGGAAAAAAAAAGAGAAUUGCUCUAGCUCUAGCUUUUGCUUUUUUACUUUUAUUUUAUUCUCUAUAAAUUUUCCAGCAGUUUAGAUUACUCCUAGUUAUUCGUACAUUUACCGAUCACAUUCUACGUGUUAAGCCAAAUAUAUGAUACAUCAACAAAAUCAAUUUUACAUUUUCAAGUCCAAAUAUUUUUCUUAAAAAUUACUCAGCAUACAAUAUAAUCAAAGUUUAAGUUACUGGUUAAAAAAAAAAAAUCAAAGUUUAAGUUACUAAACAUGGCCUAUCCAGUCUUAUUGAACAGGUUGUUUCCAAUUUCAACCAACCGACAAAGUUAACAAAAAUGAUAAGAUAAAUACACAUCGCUUGAACCCUGUUAUACAGUACGAACCUAUACAGUUACUACUUACGACCUAAGCAAUGAGGCAGAAAUAUCAAGUUUCCUACCAUUAAUUACGGUAAACCAAACCGAAUUCUAGUAACCAACUUAAACCGGAUCACAACAUUGCUAUUGUAUUUUCCUCCUCAUUUGCUUGAAAUUCGCGGGACGCGAUCUUCGGUGAGAGCCACAAAAACAAAACCUUGUUGUCCAAGACAGAAACCGUGUUGUGUUAACUUGUUUGAUCCGUUUCAUUAUUUGUUUUUGGUUCAAAUGUUGAAACCCAGUAAUUUCUACGUAAAAGUCAAACCAUAUCAAUAUUAAUUUCAAUAUAUAUAUAUAUAUAUAUAUAUAUAUAUAUAUGUAUCAACUCUAAGUGUCUAAGUGCAAGACAAAUCGUAGGCAAAAAAAAAAAAAAAUCGUAGACCUUACAAGUUGACUUUUCUUUCCUUCCUUCUUUUUUUUUGGUCAACGGACUUUUCUUUCCUUCUUUAGUUCAAAGAGACAACAAAGUGGUGAUGAAGAAGCAAGUGGUCUUUGGAGUGAUCUUGCUUGCACUCUUCUUGAUUUUCAUUAACGCCAAACAAGUAGAAGCCACAAGGCUGUUACGAACCACCGUCGAUAGUGAGAUCCGGUCUGUGUUCCAGUCGUUGCAGAAGGGUACGGUUCCUGAAUCCGGCAGGAACCGUUGCACUCAUAUCCCCAAAGGCUCGGGAAAGUGCCACGGAUGAACACUCGCGUAUAUUUUGAUCCCAAUAUUUUGUUCUUGUAUAUAUACGUAACUGUUCCUGUAUACAUAUGUACUAUAGCAAAUAUAUGGUACAUGUUUCAUUGUUUUGUAGACUUUAGAAACAAUUUGAUAGUCAGUGACAAAAAAAAAAAGAAACAAUUUGAUAGUUAAAGGAAAUAAAUUAUUUGAUUAUUUUACAGAUCAUUGUUUAUGUUUUGAUAAACCGGAAGCCUAUCAUAAAUUCAAUAAAAAGGUUUUGUCUCUCUAGUGGUUAUCAAUUCUGAUCAGCUUCAAUUCAAGUACUAAAAAUAAAGUAACCAGUCUAAAGAUUCCGGUAAUGUUUAUUCGGCGUAAGUGUCGUCAAACGCUCAAUAUUAUUCGCAAUCCGAUACAGAGAACCGAAUCAGAAACCAAACCGGUUUAGAUUGGUUUGAUUCAAAUGUUGUUCUUCCUAGGCGAGAGAGGUUCUUAAAACACUUAAACCUUCAACAAUUUCGAUUGAACAUUUUCCCGAGAUUUGGGAGUAUCCAUAAACCCCAAUAUUGUUACCUUUCAAAACCAAAUAAUUAACUACUAGCACCAAUGGUCUAUAGGUAAAUCAUUUGGGCACUAAUGCAGAUUCUGAUGUCACAGGAACGUUAUGAAAUCGCGGUAUCUUGUGUGCGUAAAUUUCCAGACAAAACAUAUCAGAUUCAUAUCUUGUGUGCGAGAGAGGUUCUUAAAACACUUAAACCUUCAACAAUUUCGAUUGAACAUUUUCCCGAGAUUUGGGAGUAUCCAUAAACCCCAAUAUUGUUACCUUUCAAAACCAAAUAAUUAACUACUAGCACCAAUGGUCUAUAGGUAAAUCAUUUGGGCACUAAUGCAGAUUCUGAUGUCACAGGAACGUUAUGAAAUCGCGGUAUCUUGUGUGCGUAAAUUUCCAGACAAAACAUAUCAGAUUCAUAUGUUACUGUGAAGCAGGAAACAUAAAUGAGCUUAUUGUAGUUGCCGUCAAGGCCUGACUUUUUGUAACGUCUUCAUCAAGAAGAGACGUCGGAAGGAAAAACCUCCAGCCACGAACGGUGUAAGUGGGAGUACACUGCCGUGAGAAC